AUGGCGCUUCUUGCACCUAUUAUUCUCGAUAAUGGAACUGGAUACUCCAAAAUUGGGUUUGCAGGAAACUCGGAUCCAUCCUUCGUGUUCCCCACCGCAAUCGCCACCAGAGAGCAUGUCGCCUCGACGGGCACGCGUAGCGGACCUCCUAUCCCUGCAAAGCCAGGGAAUCUCGCUUCAAAGCGUGGAAUAGAAGAUCUUGACUUUUACAUUGGAGAUGAGGCCGUCGCCAACGCAAAAACCUAUGGCCUUCACUAUCCGAUUCGUCAUGGACUGAUUGACAACUGGGACCACAUGGAAAGAUACUGGGAGCAGUGCAUCUUCAAAUAUCUGAGAGCUGAGCCAGAGGACCAUUACUUUCUUCUGACUGAACCACCGCUGAAUCCACCGGAGAAUCGAGAGAUGACGGCUGAGAUCUUCUUUGAAACCUUUAAUAUCCAGGGUCUCUACAUUGCCGUCCAGGCGGUUCUCGCUCUUGCCGCGUCCUGGACGUCCAAGUCCGCCCAAGCUCGUCCUGGAGAACGCACAUUGACUGGAACCGUCAUCGACUCUGGAGAUGGCGUCACCCACGUUAUUCCUGUCGCUGAGGGAUACGUGAUAGGAAGUGCCAUCAAGCACAUCCCUAUUGCCGGCCGUGACAUCAGCCAGUUCGUACUAAAUCUGAUGAGAGAACGUGGAGAAACAGCAACGAUUCCUCCAGAAGAUCAACUGCGAGUGGCCAGCAAGAUCAAGGAGGAUUACAGCUAUGUCUGUCAAGACAUCGUGAAGGAGUUUAGAAAAUACGACGAAGAGCCAUACAAAUACUUCGUCCGCUAUGAUGGAGAGCAUAGUGUCACGAAGCGCAAAUAUUCCGUAGAUGUAGGCUAUGAAAGAUUCUUGGCCCCAGAAAUAUUCUUCAACCCAGAAAUCUACUCGUCCGACUUCUUGACUCCACUCCCAGAGGUCGUUGACGGUGUCAUCCAACAGUCACCAAUUGAUGUCAGAAGAGGGCUGUACAAGAACAUUGUUCUCUCUGGAGGAUCGACGAUGUUUGACCACUUUGGCCAACGUUUGAAGCGGGACUUGAAACGACUCGUAGAUCAGAGGAUUGAGGCUAGCGAGAUUUCGAGCAAGAGCUUGAUCAGGUCGUCUGGUGUAGAGGUCAAUGUUAUCUCUCACAAGAAGCAGCGUUACGCUGUUUGGUAUGGUGGUGCUUUGUUGGCGUCUCUGCCAGAUUUCUAUGGCUAUUGCCACACUAAAGCGCAAUAUGAAGAAGUUGGUCCUAGUAUCUGUCGUCGAUACCAGAUAUUUGGCUCAGCGUCCUCUGGUCCUGAUAUCGCAACCUCGACCGAAACCCGCGAUCCUCCCGUCACUGUUACAAUCACAGUGAUAGAUACGCCGUCGACUUCUUCGAUACGUUCGACGUCAACUUCUACACUCACACAUUCAACGUCGGCAACAGCCCAAAACUCGACCUCGACGACUCCGCCUUUGUCCACCUCCAGCGGCUCGACAAGUGAACCAGAGAGCAUCACGACGACCUUGAUUACUACACAAGGGGAUUCUGUAUAUGCUAUUACGACCGUCAUUCGGAACCCAGGUCAUGUCCACAGCAAUCUCUCGGGUGAAUCGGGUGGUUUCUUCAGCCAUCGAACAGCCGUAAUAGGCGUAUUCACUGCAAUCGGUAUUCUACUCUUUGCAUUUGCUGCCGGCAUAAUAGCAUGCGCGGCUCAUCGGCGUGCCGCACGAAGGCGCCAGCUGGAGCAGCAGGAGAAAUCACAAGACCGUCGAAACUUCUUCGACGACGAGAUGAACGACGUGAUCACGCCAAGUGAAAAGUCGUGGUGGGGGAAUACCAGUGGCGCAAGUAUACCCUAUAAUGAAAUGCCCAUGCACCCGGUCGGCAGCGCCAACAAUCAGCUCGCAGAUGUACCCGAUCCGGCUAGAGUAUCCUUGGCCUAUUCUGGACUGGAAUCCGGCGGAACAGUCGUGCAUCCUUAUGCCAGCGCUCCUCCAUCGCUGACUACUGCAUCCUAUGCCGAAAGCCCCGUCACCCACAACCGCACAAUUAGUGGAACGACCAACACCUCCAAUAUCUCGCGUGACGCUAUUCGAUCACCACCUCCUUCUAUUCCGCUUCCCGCGCUCCCUCAAAUUCCAGAAGGAACUCCUCCUACCUCUUCGGAAGGCUGGGAAUCACAGAUUCAACACCGACCCCAGAACCUUGGUGCUUUUUCACCUUCACAGGAGAGUCAACGGUCGACGCCGCUUUCUCGAAGCUCGACCAAGGGUGAUUUCCACCCGUAUGCGUCGCCGCAAACCAACCGAAGAUCGGAGCUGUAUCCAGUAGAUGUAUUGGUUGGUUUGGGAGACGGUGGUGGGGUUGGUUUGGAUACCCACAUUGGGCGUGCCAACGUAGAACCCAAGCCCCAGCUCGUUGUUAGCAUUACAUCACCCCCUCAUCAGCAGCAUCCUCUCGAUAGUUCACUUUCUCUUGCGCAAACGCACCAUUCAUUGGGCGUGUCGACUGGCACACAUCCGAGUCCGAUAGAGCCGCUUCGCAUGACACCCGAGCAUGCUACUACACCGACCCAUAGUCGUAUAGAAUCCGCUGGGCUAUCGGAAGGCGGCUGGUACGACGAAGACUCUACGUCGGACAGCGGGCGAGGAGCCAUGACUGGUGCAGCGGCCAGUGGCGAGUCAAUGCUGGAGACCAGUGGUGCUAACAACCAGAACUAUGGUUAUCCAAGCCGGCCCAUGCAACAGAGAACAGGCUCUGCUAACGAGUUGUCUGAGACGCGGAAGCCAGCCCACGAUCCAAGGUUUAGUGGUCUAUUUGGAAACUCCUGGGCUAAUUCCAGCGAGCCCGAACGAGAUCGUAGGACGUUGGGAUCUGUGGACGAAUCUCACUACACGUACCUUCGCGGUGGUAAUGCUCUGAGGUAA